AUACUGUUAAUCACUAUGCCUGAAAACAAGAAAAUUUUCCCUUCUCCUGCUGGAGAUGAUCAAAGCAAGAUAAGUGAAACAUGUCUCAAAGCAAAGGCUCUCAGAGAGACGGCACGGGCAAGGACAGAUGCAGACAAUGCCACAUCACAAGGGUUGGUUCUAUUUGGUGCCCCUAAGGAAGCCAUCAAAAUUUUUCAUGAAAGUGAAAUGACAAAUACUGAAGAGGUGAAUAAAGGUAUUUACUUUAGCUACCCAUGUCGACGUCAUAGCUGUGCUGUAGUAAACAUCCCAGCACCAUGUGUCAACAAAAUGAUUGCACACAUCGAAGAUGUGGAGUCCAAAAUACAGGAAUAUUUGAAAAGGUUUGAAACUUCUUUUGAAGAAUGGAGCAAAACUUCUUCCAUGAAAGGUCUAAAAGAAGAUCGGAGUAUUACUACACCAGUGGCAGAGGUCAAUCCAGAAGAAAGGAGAGAUAAAACAUGUCCAGAAUUAAAGCAAGAAAUGGAAACAUUACUAUCAGAGGCCAUCCAUCUCAUUAAAAGUCUAGAAACUGACCGGGCAGAAGCUGAAGAAGCUUUAAAACAACAAAGAUCAAGAAAGAUACUGCUUAACACAACAAUUGACUCUUGGUCAAUCUGGAAACUUCAACAACUCCCAUUAGCUGUGCAGAAAGAACACGAGGCUUAUUUAAGAGAUUUUAUAGAAUUACGAUGGCAUCUUGAAGAUAAAGUUAAUCAACUAAAACAUUUUGAGGAACAAAAGACACAGUUAGAAGAAACGAAUGCAAAGAUUCAAGCAGACAUAGACUUCAUGUCUGAACAUAUCCCUCUGCUGAAGUCAAAGCAGGACCAAGAACUUGAAGCUCUGAAGGAAAUUUACACACAAAAAAGAGAGGUAACAGAAAUAUUUGAUCAAAUUCAUGACGAACUUGAAGAAGCUUCAGAUGCCUGCAAAAAUGCCAAAUUGAGGGCUAAACAAAAUAAAGAAGAAAUGGAUAAAGAUAUUCACGGUGACGAAAUAAACUUAGAGAUCUACAAGAGAGAGCUAGAGAAACUUACCAAUCUAUGUAGUCACUACUCUUCAUCAAUACACAACGUUAAUACUGACAUUGAGGAGAAGGAAGAGACUGUGACUGAAGUAAUGAGAGAAACAAAGUCAUCAAAGAAUGAAUUAUCUGCUCUAUCAAAAACACUAGAUGAUUUGAGAAAAACUUAUGAUCAACUAACCUGGAAAAAAAAAAUUUUUGAAAAGCAGUAUGUGGAAGCACUUAAUACUUUUUAUGCUGCAAAAAAAUCAUGGGAUAUUGAGCUUUCUAAUGUCUCAAAAGAUUAUGGAGAUAUUUCAAUAGCAUAUACUCAAGUGACAGAAGACAAUAAAAAACUUAUGAUGGAUCUUGACGCUGUAACAAUUCAAAUCAGUGACAGUGUAAAGAAGAAAACACAGUUUGAGUCUGAAAUCAAAUCUUUCACAAGAAGGAAGGCAGUGAAUGACAAUGUUCUCAAACAACUCUAUAAGGAGGCUUAUCACAUCGGUGCUAUUUUCCACCUAACCAAACAUAAAUCAGAUGAAUUGGAAACUAAAGUAGCAGAAGUGAGAAGAAAAUUCAAGGGUAGAGAAGAAUUCUUGAAAAAAUUCACUCGAGGUAAAGUGGCUACUGGAAUGAUGAUUCAGAAAAACCUGUAUUCCAUUCAUGAAGCGCAGCUACUGGAGAGGCAGGAACUUGUGAAACAGAAAGCCAUAUAUGACCUGGCAAUGGCAGAAAUAGAAGCACCUAUGCGUCAACUAGAAGAAGAGGGAGCAAGAAUCGGAAGGAUCCACCAAGAGCAGUCUGAUGCACUUAAUAAAAUAAUGGAGAGGAAAAAGAAUGUUAAAAUACAGGUGAAAAAAACAAAGAAAAAAUUGCAAAAAAAGGAGAAGAAAACCCGUCAUGCACUAAUAAAAACUGAGGAUGAACGCUCAGUGAUUUUUCACAAAUUAGAAACAGCAAAAAGUAAAACAGUUAUUUGCCAUGAAAAAAUAGAUGAAUUGGAUGAGGAAUUAAGAGCACAAGAAGAGAGAAAAAGAAGUUUUGAUCAGGCACUUGAAAUUCUAAAGGAGAAAUUUGUAUCUAUGAGAUUUAAAAAGGAACAGGCACAAAUUGUCUUCGAUCAUUACAUGCAAGAGAAAAGAAACUGUGAAGACAGAAUGUUAGAGGACGAUCAGAGGUUUAGAAUGCUUCUUGCUAUAAGGCAAAAAACUCUGGAUGAAAUUAAACUCUGUGAGCUGCAGAGAAGGCUGCACAAGCUGUGGCCGGAGUACUUCAGACUGGUGGUCCUCUUCAGCCAGAUGAGGCUGGCCAACAUCCAGGCAGACUCUCAGGAGAGUAUUCAGAAAAUAUUAGCUGUGCAGGAGGAAUCUUCAAAUUUAAUGCAACACGUCUUAGAUUUCUUCCAGACUUUGACAUAUGACUCAUGCGAAAACGAUGGUUAAGCAAACAACCAAUGUAUCUUGGAUGCUGAAAUAAAAGACAAGAAAAGUCACACAGUUCAGAUAACAGUGUAAUUGGACAUUCACCUGUUUGCCAUUUCACACUUCCAUGGACGAAAAAACUCACUCACCUCCCAGCAUGCUUUGCCACUCUUUUACUUACAGCAAAUCCAUAACAAUGAAACAGGUGACUUUCAUGCUGCUGUCAGGAACGAUCUAAUUUCAGCUCUGGGUGACUGAUUGCAAUUGGCUUUGCCUCAUCUGAUAAUUAAUCUAUGUCACCAUUAAUUGGAAGAGAGAAUAAUUACUGGCGGUGUUGACAGUGACUGUUCGCUUCCCCAGAUUUCCCCAUCGUGUUGGCCCAAAUAAAGGCUUUGCCAUUCAGUACUUAAAGUUUGUGUAAACUGUAACAAUAUCUAUGCCCAUGUGACACUUUCAGACACUCCAUCUAAUGUACUUUUGUUUUUGUGUUUACCAAUCUUUUUUAGCUCGCUGAGAGCUGUCUCUCUCAAUCACUCCUCACUGUUCUAUCUUAAUUUUGUGGAAGUUUAAAGUUUUCAAUGAGCUGGAGAUGAAUGAUUAAUGAAUAAAUUUAAAUGCUU